AUGUCCCAUGUGUUGUUGGAUCCUAAAAUGGCUACUCCUUUAUACGACCCUCUUCGUCUCAUUAACUGGCUUAUCGCUAUUAUUUUUGUUAAUAAUAAUUGCGAAAUUGGUGUAUUUUCCAAACUCACAAAUGCUUAUUGCCUCGUUUCUUCCACAACUUCCUCUACAAACUUCUUCACUGGCUUUGAGUCGAAGUUAAAAGGUGUUAUCCCCAUUGUUAUGACCUCGAUAGGAGAAUCCGGAACUAUCGGUAGUCUAUAUGUUGGAAACAAAAACGGACUUCUUCUUUCUCACACCAUUACAGACCAAGAGCUUCAACAUGUAAGAGAUAGCUUGCCUGACCAAGUUGUAGUCCAGCGAAUUGAGGAACCUCUAUGUGCACUCGGAAACGCUAUAGCUUGCAACGAUUACGUGGCUCUUGUGCAUCCAAAGCUCGAGAAAGAAACCGAAGAGAUCAUAAGCGAUUUUACCGACAAAACCAUUGCGAAUAACGAACUUGUUGGAAGUUACUGUGCCUUAUCCAACAUAGGUGGAAUGGUUCAUCCCGACACCAAAGUGGAGGAAAUGAAGGAACUGGCGAAUCUUCUUCAGGUGCCUUUGGUUGCAGGAACAGUGAACCGUGGCAGCCAAGUGAUAUCUGCGGACACAACUGCUAUAGAGCUAUCUGUUGUUAACAGCAUCUUCAAGCUAGCCGAAGCUCAGCCCAAUUUUGUCGUUGGUGAAAUGAGGAAGCCUUUGAUCGAUACCUAUUCUGUCCUAAGAUUCGAUAUGUCCAAUGAUGUUGAUGGCAAGUUUCUUGAUGAAGGAUCUGACAAAACUUCAGAUUCAAGCCACAUAGGGUACUAA